AUGCUUAAAUCCACCGGUGGAAUCUCGGAUGGGCUUCCUAUGUUUGCGAAGUCCGGGCGCGGCAGCCCAGGCCGAAUAAAUUCUUGUGCUGCCUCUGAGGACCCUCCCUCAACGCCCAAUGAUUUGGGAUCUUCGUCACUGGUGUCCAAUGUUCAAACCAGCGCGCUAACCACAGCGCCCGUUGCAGGACACCCUAGAGGCAACCGGCUGGGUUCUGACACCCAAACACCUACACACUGUGCAUCUGUCAAAGAAUCUGCUUCUUAUCAUCAUCGUCCUGGGGUUCACUACCCUACUACCCACGGUGCAUCUCAUUACUUUGCGCAUCCUCACCACCACAGAGAUGCAUUAGCCCACUUGCCUCCUGGUACAGGAAUGGCAAAUCAGCAUAUAUCCCAUCACUCGACCUAUGUCAACCUACAUUCACACCAGCAUAAUUCUACCCCGCGUUACCAUGCGAACUCCAUCGUGUCUUCCCAUGGCACAUCCCGGUCGCAGCUACCGAACCAGCUGCAGGACUUUAUGAUGAACCAAUGGUUGCAAUUUAAAUCGCAACGUAACUUUGCAACCUCUGAGAAUUCACGCUCACCACUCCCCAGGACGCCGACCCCAACUGCUACACCGUGUCGGGAGGAUGCAGCUACUCCUCCAUCACCAGCAUCUACUCCGACAAUACAACAAUCCACUACGUCCGUGGAUCGUGGUACUAUUUCCUCUCAGUCAUCUGGCAGUUCAGCAGAUCAUGCAGGGGGUAGCCAUUCCCUUCCCCGUCGACAACCAUCACAUUACUAUGAUGGACCAGCGUUUGUCGACAAUGCAUCAGUGAGCUGGAAUCAUCGGCGGCGAGGUGGUCCUAUGGGACUAGCUUACCGACAUCCAAGUUCAGAUGCUUCGGCGUGGUUUAGAGGUCAAGCAGUUGUCCGGAAGACAUCCUCACCAACAACACCACCAAAUCGUGGGCCCGGUGUUUUUGUGCAAGCCCGGCCUGCCCCAGUCGUGCAAUCUGCGCCUAUAGUUAACAACAACAACAACAACUCUACAAGUAGGGGGGCGAUUGACACGCCCGUCGCUGUGAACGGUGUUCCUAGCUCCGGAAAGGUCGCCAUGGUUCUUGGUAAGGUCUUGUCAGCAGGUGGUUCACCGACUCCUGAGGAACGAAAGCCAUCUGCUGUUUCGGGAGCAACAGAGCACACGGCAGUACCUGAUUCCUCAGCAUCAGCUGUCAGCGGCAUCACUGAAGUGUCUAGAUUCCAGGUGACAUGCGAAAAAGAAAACCCGAACACGACUCGAUCAGAAACGGUCACUUCUGAUGCAUCUCAAGAUGCUUUAACCACAAACAAAGAAACGUCGGAUCAAAGCAAACCAAGUUUGCCCCCUGAAGCAACUCAAAGUCAUCCUGAUCAAGAGUAUUCUUCAACACCAAAACCAUUGAGAGACAACUACGAUGAAGUAUUUUCCAGCAAUCAGCUCCAUUCGGAGUUUCCUGGACGGACCCCGGCCGACGGAGACGCCUGUCUAAACCCCCAGAUCGACCUCCCUGAACCAAAGGGUUCAGCCAAUGGUCUCAUGUCCAUUAAUGUGACAUCACCACCUGCGACAGGCUCAAAACAACGUGACCGCGCGGACACUCCCAAUACAAGUGAACAGUACUGGACACCCGACCCUCCCGCCUCACCAUCCAAUGGGAAUAACAUUGCAGUCGAACCUGUUUCGAACUCAGUGCUGCAUCCCGGUCUAUUGGGUUGUAACACAACACCCGCCGAUUCCCUGCUCAGUCACUUCGACUCCCUUGAUCUAACACAUCCGUGUGCUGCUGCAGCGCUCACGCCAAAUGGAUCCGCUCCACACACUCCACCGUCCAGGUCACGUUUGGAAAGCAUUAAUGACGUAGAUUGAUUUUGAAGUUCUGAAUUGUCCCUCUCCCUUCCCACUACAUUGUUUUACCAGCUCACGACAGAUUCGACAAGCCCCCCCAGGCACUUUCUCACUCCAAGCAUUCACUUUUCACCUACUGGUUGAUAACAGGGAACGUGUCCAUAAUCGUUCGCAUUUUCAGUGCUUAGGAUUGUAUGUUCCCUACUCGUCAAAAUCACUCACCUCUGUCUAGUCGCUUCCAUUUUUGCGUCCAGCCAGAAUGAUUGCUCAUUCAAAUCUAUUCGCAUGCAACCCUCUUUUUUUAUCUAGCCCAUCGACUCACUUUUCCAUCAAUUACGUGCUUCGUACAUUCAUCAGUUCUCACCAGUCACUGGAUCCUAGCACUUUGCACUUCCAGAUGGUUUUGGUCUGGCGAGUCGUUCGCACCAUUUCACCCCUCCCCCACCCACAAUCCUGUAUCGUUUUCUCUUAGAAGAUUGUUUCUUUUUUAUAUUUGCGAUUCUUCCUUUUUCGUGCAGUUUGCCUUUACGAUUUAGGCCAUGGUUCACUUAAUUUCGCUUGCUUUCUCUUGUUACUGUUGUUUUUUCUUUUUUCUUGCUUUUUAAUUCUUUGUUGGUUGAAUAUCGGAAAAUUUUCUCUAGCAC